GACAUGCCAAGUAGGAUUUCAAUCCAUUGACUGACAACAUAAACAAUAUUUGUGAUGUUUACUUUUCUUUAUAUUUAAAUCAACGAAAAAGAAUGGCUGGUACUCAAAAAUCUAAUUCAAUGAGUUCAUUCAAGUCGAGCUCUAACUCGCAGGAUGAGGAUGGCUCCAAGGAUGUUGAUUCUCGUUUCGAGUGUCCAAUAUGCAUUUAUUGGCUCCGCGAUCCAGUUAUAACCUCGUGCGGACAUAGAUUCUGCAAGUCGUGCAUCGAAUCUUGGCUCAGGAAUCAAAGUCAGUGCUGUCCGCUCGACAACAAGCCGCUCUCAAGUGACACGGAUAUAUUCCCUGACAACUUUACAAGGCGUGAAAUUUCACAAAUUCGCAACGCUUGCCCCAAUGCAAGUGCUGGAUGCCCGGCAAUGAUUUCACCCCUUGAAAUGGACGAACAUUUGCUCCAGUGCCAAUACCAACGUAAGAUGCGAAAUCUGCAGUGCUCCUUCGCUCGCUUGAACUGUAAUUUCGUGGCCAACACCGAAACCGAAUUGAACUUGCACAUGCGGAAUGAUAUAUCAUCACAUCUGAAUCUCAUAAUGGGCGCCCUAAGUCGCACGAACUUCUUGAAUGAGCUGGAUCCGAAGCAAUGGGACGCACCGAGCAAAGUUCCGAUUCAACGGGCCAACAGCGGCAGCCAAGCAGAUGAAGACCUGAUAAAAGCCAUGUACGAGCGUAUUGUCGUCCUUGAGCAACGCUCCCGCGAGCAGGAAUCAAAAAUUGAGAAACUCACUAAGGAGCUGGCGACGGCAUGCAAAGCGUGCGAUAUGGUGCAACCGCGAUACAGUUAUGGAGUGAUCGUGUGGGAACUGCAUCAAUUCAGGUCGAAAAUGGACCUCAUGCUGGACGAUCCGAAUUUCCGCUUUUACAGCAACGCAACCUACACAUCGCCCCACGGCUACAAGUUUUGUGCUCGAAUGAACAUUCCACCAAAGUCGCGCGAGUGCUUCAGUUUACACGUUCACAUGAUGCAAUCGGAAAACGAUUUCCACUUGGACUGGCCAUUCCAAGGACGAAUAAAAAUCAGCAUGGUGCACCCGAGGGAUCAGUCGCUUUCCCAGCACGACACCAUCAUGUCCAAGCCAGAGAUUCUAGCAUUCCAACGCCCCACAGAGGAGGUGAACCCGCGCGGAUUCGGAUUCUUGAACUACGCCAACAUUGCCGACAUAUUCAACCGCGGAUUUGUACUGAACGACAAGCUCAUCAUUAAAAUAGAAAUCAACAUAGUUUAAGUCAGAGGCACCCCCAAGAAGACCCGUCCCCACUGCUUCCACGGCUCACCCAGUCAAUGCCGGACAAGAGCAAUAAUCUCGUACUUACAUUUAGAAUUAGUGGGUAGUCUGCAUGUUACAAAGUAAAUGUGCCUAGCGGUCACGAUAACGUAGUUUAGGUGUUUUGUAACGCUGCGAAUUUUGUAUGUUUGUAGGAAAAGAAAUUUUCGAAAAAAAGGACAAAAACAA